AAGAUCAUAGAACUUAAAAAAAAAAAAACAAGAUUACUAUUAAUACUAAAUAGGAUUUGGUCAUGGCUUCAUCAAUGAGAGAUUCAAGAAAGCUAAACUUUGCUAUGAUCCUAAUGUUUUGUCUGUUAUCAGUUCUGUUUGUGAGACAUGAUGCGAUGGCAGAAGAGGCGCCAGGUCCAGCGACAAGUCCAACAUCAGGUCCGACGACAGGUACGAUGACAGGUUCGGCUAAAAGUUCCACGACAGGUUCGGGUCCUCCUAAUUGUGUGGGCAAGUGCAAUGGUUGCACUCCAUGCAACUCAGUUUUAUCUGUUGUGCCUCCUGCGCCAGGGUACGAUCAAGCACCUGAGUACUAUCCUGUCAUAUGGAAGUGUCGAUGUGGAGACAAUAACUAUAUGCCUUGAUUUAUAUAAUGGUAUUUCAGUAGAAAACAAGCUUCUGUUUUACAGAUUCUAUACAAGUUUUGUGUUUGAUUUACUCUAUGUUCUGUUUUUGUUCCUGAUAUAUUAUAGUAGGAAGGAAACUAGCUUCCAUUGUAUUCCUGAGAUUAUUAAUAAUAUAUUUAUUUUAUUUUUGUUUCGCAACCAA